UCACAAUGUCCACAAAACGGAUUCCGUUUUGUGAAUCGGUUGUGACAUCACAUUCCCAUGUUGUGUAUCAUUGCAAUCAAUUGGACUUUUUUCCUGAGUUUUUGUUUGGCCGGAAUGCAGUCAUCUUCCCACCAGGGGGCGCUCUCUUACUGCCAGUUGGGGAAGAAGCUCGGCUUCUCUGCUUGCACCUGGGGCCUCCUCUGCCCCCCUCCAUGUGCCCACAGGUGCCAGAGAGAACGGGUAGCCCUGCGCAAGGCGGCUGCUCGAGGAGACAGCUGUAGGGAUGCUAGGUUUUCUCCUUCAGGUUAGCCCAGCGCUUAAUUCGCACUCGGCUCUCCUGAGCCUCCCUGUUCCCAGCUGCACCACUGAAAGGCCGAAGGUCUUGGCAGUGUAGCUUGCCCUUUCCCCCUCCCGUUCCCUGGCUGCCAUGCCACUCUUCCCCCAGCAAGGACAAGGGAGGCUGUUCUUCCUUUGAUCCUUGCCUGGCUUUGCCAAUGGACAGAUGAAUCUGCAAGUUGUGGCAACACAAUGGAUUUCUGUUCCUGCUCCGAGUUGAAGCAGCCCAACCCGAAACAGUAUUGGAUUUUUGCCCCUCUUUGAAACCUCUCUUCUCGUGGGGCAGGGACUUGUUCUCAGCCAUGCCAGCUAUGCUGUCCCUGUAGGGGGCCUUGGCAGGAAUAGGCAGACAGCCAUGGAAAUGUGGGCCUCCCCCUCCCUGCCCACCUUGGCUGUUGUCACGCAAAGGGCUCCUGCAGCCUGCUUCCUCCCGGGGCCCUCCUGUCACCUGCUUCUGCUGGAAGUUGGCAUUGCCAAAGUGCUCUAUUCAAGGCUGGGGGCCCCAGAAGGCCCCGUAGAGGAGCAGGAUGAGGCUGGCUUCGUGCUCAGUCUGCGCAGUGUGCAUUCUUCCUGGUUCCAGUGUGUGUUUGUUCUCGGGCUCAUGUGCAGCCCAGGGGCUUCUUGGUUGGCCAUUUAACGUUCAUGUAUACAUUUGAUGAGUGGUUGUCUUCAGCGCAUUUGUUGGUGAUCUUGACCAUGGUUGAAACUCUCCUAAAAUAUAUUCCUCUCCAUGUUAUCUCUGAAGUCUUGUCUUCUCUCGGCUGGGGGUGGGGUGAGCCUUGCCUUGACGGGGGCAGGGAGGCUGGCACUUGCUCUCAAGAGCAACACCAGGGAAAUGGGGGCAUGGCUGCUUUGUUGGAGGUCAGAACUGAGCCAGCUCUGAUUGGAGCUACCUUUGCACAGCUGGCAGGCUUGGCCCUUCGCUCUUUCAGAGCUUCCUUGCUGGGUGUUUGGGCUGCUUUAGGAUUAGGGGAUAAGGAGACUGAAAGCUGGACUGCCCCCCACUGACACAGGAAAGAAAAUGUAGGCCCCCACCUCUUGGGAGUGCCCUCAGCUGUGGGUAGCCCAGCCAGGAAUGGGUCAGGCGUGCCCUUUUUCCUGCAACAUCGCCAGCCAAGGGACACCCGGCUGCUCCAAAUGGGCACCAAAGAGGACUUGCCGGGAGGCCUUUUCUGCAGUCUCAGGGCAGGUCUGGCGACCGAGGGCUCACGGGGGCUUCCUGCUCUGUCCCACACCUUACGCUGCAGCUACUGGGGACAGCUGCCCAGGGUUGGAGCACGCUGACGCCCAGCGUCCUGCUGGGUUGCAGCAUCCAACUCCUGUUUCCUGUCCCCAGCACAAGUAUGCCAAAUUUGGGCCCUUUUCCUGUUCCUGUAGAUCAGGUUCUCUGCCCUUGAAUCGGGUCCUGGGCAAGGCCCAUUGACCUGAGCUGAAGCUGCCAGGUUCUCCAUAGAAGUUGCCAAUCUGGGUCUAAAUUAUCAAGUGGCCCUUUUAAGCCCAGAUUGGCCGAAACGAGGCCAUGCGGCUGCCGCUGAAGUCCCUCCACAGGGAGACGAAAGGGAGACUGAUGCCUUGUCCUUUUUUGAAACUUCUCUCCCAGCUGGCAGCCAAAAAUAACUUCCAUUCCACACCAUAUUUGUGCAAAGGAUCUGGAGCCUUUGGAAGCUGAUUAAGCCCGGCACCCUUUUUGCCGUGCCUGCUGCCUUUGCUCCACAGGCACCCGAGGGCAAUGCAUUUGACGGAGCUGAACUGGGAAUGCCUCCUGCACCUCUUCUCCUUCCUGGACAAAAACGGCAGGAAGAAUUUGGCCCAGACGUGUCGCAGGCUGCUGUGGGUCUUCCAGGACCCCUCGCUGUGGCCUCUGCUCCAUUUCCACUCGCCAGCCGAACUGACCAAGGACAACUUUGUCCUGGGACCGGCCUUGCACCACCUCUCCAUCUGUUGGCAUUCCAGCCAAGUCAAGGUGUGCAAUGUGGAGGAUUGGAUGAAGAAUGAGCUUCAGAGGAACAUCUGCAGCCUACACAAACACCUUGUGAAUGAGUUUUUACUCCAGGUUUCUAACAGGUGCCCCAGCCUGCUGUCUCUGAAGCUUUCUGGAUGCGGCCAUGUCACAGACCAUUCAAUUAUGCUACUCCUCAAAAGCUGCCCCGGCCUCCAGACUCUCCAGCUGGAAAAUUGCGUCCUGAUCACUGACCAGACCCUGGAAGCGGUUGCUCUCCAUGCAAACUCCCUAAAAACUCUACAUGUGGACUUUUGCAGAAACAUAACAGCUGCUGGGGUGCAGCGAGUCCAGAAGAUGUGCCCGUCCCUGACUCUCAGUGCAGAAAGAAGCGCAAACAUGAUUCCGGACAAGCGGCCAGGCAGCUGGGCCUUGGAAAGAGGCUUAAAGAGAAUGCUGUGGCAUUAGCUCGGGGUAGGGAACUGCUCUGCUCUUUCUGUUCGCAGAUUGAGAUGCUCUGCGCGUUGCAAGACAGAUGUAAAACAGGGCUACUGGAAGUUAGUUCUACUCAAACCUGCCAUGGAAGUGGCAAAGUGGCUGUUUGCUAAGAAAAAAUUUAGGCUAUCCUUUUAGUAGCCCACAUGAUGAACCCCUGUGGUUUGUUCUAUUUCUCAAACAAGCAGGGAUUAUUUUGUGACAUGGAACUUCUAGAUUAAAGACAAUAUUUGUACAAACCUUUCUCAGGUACUUCUUUAGUUAAACAUGCUAGAUUUUUAACACAACUUAAAUCCAAGAAUUGUAUAUCUCAACUCAUACCAACUUAGUUCUUCCAUGUGUGUAUAGUUCUCUAAAUGAUUUAUUGUACAUAAAACCCUCCCUCCCUGCUUGGGAAUGUCAAUUUCAUUUUGGCAAUUGUGAGCAAAACCAAAAGAGAGCAAAAUCAGAAAUGUAGAAAUUAAAAAUGAACAAGAAAAAUAAAAGUGUCAGGGCACACAAAAAGGAGAACUAUUUGUUUCUUGAAUCUGCUUUAUUUGAAUAAGGAACCCUGCACAGGCAUUUCAAAUUAAAACAAAAAUAAAUAUAUGAAUAUUCAUGUAAAACUGUCCUUUCUAAUGAACAAUUAUACACAAUGUACAGCUCUUCAGAUUCACUGGGAAAGGGAAACAAGGCUCCAUUC